UGAUUGUGCACCAGACGAAAGCCAUGAGUCGGGUGAGGCUGAUGUGGUGCCGGUGACGUGUAGUACGGCGGUUUCUGAGCGGGAGCGUAGACUACCCGUGGCUGCGCGUAGUUAUGGUAGUAGUAGAUUGGGGCCAGACAGCGAAUAGGACCGCGCGCGGGAGGAGGAGCAGUGCUAGGCCCCGAGGAUAGCGCAUCAGACCUGUGCGAGUAGUCCAACUCAGACGAUGGGAGGUCUGAAUCUGAGCUUGAGUGGUCCGAAUCAGAAUCUGAGAAGUCCGAGCUAUCAUCGGGAUGUCCAUCUGCACUACGACCUACAGGGACCGCUCUCUGCGAGUGCUCUGUCAGUGGCGGAAUAUUCCAAUGGUUGAAGCCAUCCGGACCCCGUCGAUGCCCAGUGCUGAACCAUGGACUAGGUGCUAGGGAACCUUCUCUUGACCGUUGAGCUGCGUGUUGGUCUCUGGAAACGAGAUCAGGCCCUUCUGAUUGCGCCACAGCCCUCACUCGCUGACUCCCGUGGCCGGAUCCUUGUGUUGCCUGAUCUACAGGUAGCUUCGAGCCACGCCUUGGGCCCCCAUCUAAAUCCCCGUCCUCGACGAAAGCCGCUCGCUCUCCACUCGGAACACACUCGAGCAUCAAAUUCGAUGGAGAACUUGAACUUGACCCCGGACCCGCAUGCGAAUCGCUGUUGUGCACGCUCCGACCGGAUAUACCAGCGCCACGGGCGCCGGAGAGCCCGACACUACCAAUGUGCGGGGAUACGACCAGACGUUCCGUGAUGGAUGGGGGAAGAGGCAUAUCAACCGGUUCCACCCAAGCCUCUUCUCUCUUAAUCUCCUGUCCGUCCCGACACAGGCAGCGCUCUAAGAUCGCAUUCAAAGCGCGCAACUUCGCCAAACGGUCGGUCACCCGCUUAUCGAGCUCCAGCAGCAGCAGCGAUGUGCCUUUCUCAACUCGACUCAGACUGUCAGCGUCUUGAGGCGAAACGGGUUGACACGGGGUGUGCGAUGCCUGGAAGAUCUCCUCUGAGAUUCUCCCGGUAUGAUCUGGUACCAGAUUACGCGAGCCGGAUCCCGAAACCGAACCCGAGCGAUGGUGGACCGACAGCGAGGGCUGCGAAGCAGGGGCACCGGGCCGAGUCGCACGUCCGUUGGAUUGAGCACGAUCCGUUUGCAUCUGGGGCGGAGUCACGUUGGCAGAGCGCGAUAGAGCUUGAGGCGGAUUGGAUAGUGGUCCGCCGGAGCGGUGUCUUCCACUCGGCGCUUGACGAGAAAUAUAGGCUGCAGGAACUGCAUUUUCGCGUCUCUGCCCGGCAGAAGACGUGUAUUCUGCAGCAGACUGUGACGGCCCCUCUGGCCGACGCACCAGACGAGUCGGCGUCUGAGAUUGACGCGUUUCACGCUGUUCCAACGCUCGUGAUGCGUCACCCCGAUCAUUCGUGCAACGCGUCUGCGUGCGUGCUGGUUGAUAUGUGCCAGCCCAUGCCUCAGAGCGUCGACGCCCCUCGUCUAUCAAUGCAGUCUGCGCACGACCAAAAGGCGGAAAUCGGUUCGAUGGCUCGUAGCCGUAGGGAUGAAGACCGAUGUCGAAGUGCGGAGGAAGGGUGUGUAUGUACUCUAUCGUGCAGUUCGGAUCAGAGAAUGAAAACGUAUGCGCGGGAUAUGCAUACCGUAGCCAGUCA